AAGACAUAAAGAAGUUGUCUCCACCCUUGCUUGAAAGGUUAUUUCUAAUUUAACUUUUUAACACAGUCGGACCCUUUUUUGUAAUCAGAACCCAACUGGUGAAGCUACUUCUUAUAUCUUAGAUUUGCAUUAUUGAUACUUCUGUCAGAUGAUUCUCGGGGAUACCAACGCUAUUAGUUCUGGGGCUACUUUGCUACUCUCUGAUGCUACAGGCAUCAAGAAGAAUGGCAGAAGAGGUAUCUAUAAGAAUUAUGUAACUCAGAAUUUUGGCCCCAGACUCUUGCAUAAGCAAUCCUUGCACUUGUCAUGGGUCAGAAAAGAUGGACCAGUACAUGUAAUAUGCAAAAACCCAAAGUAUCUCACAGGCGUGGAGAGCAGUAUAAAACUGAAAGUGAGUGCAUUUACAGAAGAGCAGGAAACUCUAGUGGUCAAAUCAUGGAACUCAAUGAAGAAGAAUGCUCCAGAAUUGGGUCUAAAAUUCUUCAUUAAAGUCUUUGAGAUCGCACCAUCUGCAAAAAAGCUGUUCACAUUUUUGAGAGACUCGGAUGUUCCUGUAGAGCAGAAUCCAAGACUUAAACCUCAUGCCAUGACUGUCUUUGUUAUGACCUGUGAAUCAGCAGAGCAACUUCGAAAAGCCGGCAAAGUAACUGUAAAAGAGUCCAGUCUGAAAGAUUUAGGAGCUACCCAUUUCAAAUACGGGGUAGUUGAUGAACAUUUUGAGGUAGUGAAGUAUGCAUUGCUUGAAACCAUAAAAGAAGCAGUACCAGAAAUGUGGUCACCUGAAAUGAAGAAUGCUUGGGCAGAAGCUUAUGAUCAGCUAGCUGCUGCUAUCAGAAAUGAAAUGAAACCUUCUUCGGAAGCAUUUUAACAGAGAGAUGUUUGAUGUAUUAAGCUCUAGCUUCAAUAAUAGCAAACAACUUUGAUGAUUAAGAUUGUACACAUGAAAAUUUGGGGAUUUUGUAUGAAUUUAAUAAAAUUGUGUGAUCGUAUUCCACCAAGGUGUUUACAAAUA